AUGAUUUAUAUAAAAAGAAGUUCCGAAGAAGGGAUAGAUAUAAGAAAGAAUAAAAAAACUCAAGUUAUAACCUCCAAUUACGAUGUUUCUGUGAAAUCAAUUUCAAGGACAGAAACAUUAUUGAAUGAUCCGACUCGAUCAAUGAAAGUUACUUUUUUAAAUGUAAAUUAUACGGAUAAUAUACCGUUUAAUUUAUCGAAGAGCAUGGAAGUUUAUCUCAUACAAAUUAAGUUUCAAGUUAUCGAUUAUGAUCUUUUAAGGAUAAAUGAAUUCAUUGUAUAUUACGGAUUUUAUGCAACUGAUAAUUUUUACGUCAGUCAAAAUGGUAGAAAUUUAAAAUCAGUGAUAAUGCCACGUCACGUUAAAGAUCAAUUAGGGAAUUUUCAAGUUUACAAAGCGUUCAAAAUGAAUCGUAAUGAAGAUCCAAAAAGGAAGAGUAAAUUUUCAGAAAAAUCAUAUUUAAGAAAAAGAAGUGCUUAUUAUUCGUCUCAUACGUCACAAUUUGACGAUCAAAGUUCGUUAUUGUUAAGGAAUAUAAGAAAUAUUAAAGAGCAAUAUUUUACUACAGAUAGAAAUGCCGAUAUCUAUAAUAUAAAAAAUGUAAAAUCAUCGAAUUCGCGUAAACUUCUUGAAAGAGAAUUAAAAAUGCAGAACGAAGAGAAACGAAAUAAGAACGUAAAAAGAAUGUACAACAAUUCGAAAAGACAGAAAAAAGUGACGGAAAAUAGCACGACGGAUUACGAUUAUUACAUAGAUGAAAGUCUAGAAAGUGAUGAUAAAGAUGAGUAUGAAAAUGAUUAUGAGAAACCCGAAAUAAGUUCUCAUUGGUACGAUUAUGAGGAAAAACUUACCACGGAAUCAACGACAAUCGGUUUAGAAUUAAGUACUUUGUCUGACGCUGAUUAUUUUAUCUCACAAUUAUCAAGUACCUUAACUAGUACAUUACCAACUGAAGUGACGGAGACAAGCACAGCUGAUUAUGAUUAUUUCAUAGAUGAUACUUUAGAGAGUGAUGAUAAAGAUUAUUCUGAGUAUGAUUAUGAGGAACCCGAAAUAAGUACUUAUUGGUAUGAUUAUGAGGAAGAAUUUACUACAACACCAACGACAAUCGAUUUAGAACAAUUACAAAUCGAAGAAACUUAUACUUCAACGAGUGAAGAAAUUGUUGUUACUCCUUCUGUUACAUUAUUAUCAAUAAUUGAAACUACGCGGACUACAGAAUUAAGAGAGACAACUUUGAGCUUUGUAAUCACAGAAACAUCAACAUUUGUAACUACAGUAUCUAUUACUGAAUUAACAACAACAGAAAUUACGGAAACGUUAUUACCUGCAGUGACUACAAAAUUUACGAUUUAUACUACUAUUUCACCUAGUACAGAAAGCACAACAGAAUUAACAACUAUAACAAUGGAGUACACAAGUACUUUGGUAUCUACUACAGAAGUUACAAUUACAGAGACAUUACCAUUUUUAACUAUCGAAGAAACGACAACGUGGAUAGAAAAUAUAACAGAACCAUCAUUAUUUGAGGAAAGCGAAAUAAUUACAACAAUCACUUUUACAUCGACUGAAUUAAUUACAACUCCUUAUACUACGUUUACCUAUACUCCUGAAAUUACAACGACGGGAAUAAUUACAAAUGUAACGACAGAAGAAUUCCCAACAAGUACAGAAACAUUGCCAACUUCAACGAAAACUACAUAUACUUAUACAGUUUCAUCUUUAGAAACAUCAACUGCUAUAACAGAAAGUGAAACUUACUUUUUCGUAACAACAACGGCAACAUUCGUUACUUACGAUAUUGGUAGGACAAUUCCUGAAAUAUUCGAAACAACCACUCCGUUACCUUUUAUAGUACCAACCGAAAUUACCACAUUAACCGAAGAAAUCUCGGAACCGACAAGUACAACACCGUUAUCAAUUUUAUCAAUCCCUGAAGAAAGUACAUUUCCAGUUUCCGAAACUACAUUUAUUUCUUCGGCAGAAACUACAUAUUUUUAUACAGUUUCAUCUUUAGAAACAUCAACUGCUAUAACAGAAAGUGAAACUUACUUUUUCGUAACAACAACGGCAACAUUCGUUACUUACGAUAUUGAUAGGACAGUUCCUGAAAUAUUCGAAACAACCACUCCAUUACCUUUUACAGUGUCAAUCGAAAUUACUACAUUAACGGAAGAAAUCUUGGAACCGACAAGUACAACACCGUUAUCAAUUUUAUCAAUCCCCGAAGAAAGUACAUCUCCAGUUUCCGAAACUACCUUUAUUUCUUCGACGGAAACCACAUAUAUUUAUGUAGUUUCAUCUGUAGAAACAUCAACAGCUGUAACAGAAAGUGAAACUUAUUUUUUCGUAACAACAACGGUAACAUUCGUUACUUAUGAUAUUGAUAGGACAGUUCCUGAAAUAUUCGAAACAACCACUCCAUUACCUUUUACAGUGUCAAUCGAAAUUACCACAUUAACAGAAGAAAUCUUGGAACCGACAAGUACAACACCUUUAUCAAUUUUAUCAAUCCCCGAAGAAAGUACAUCUCCAGUUUCCGAAACUACAUUUAUUUCUUCGACGGAAACUACAUAUAUUUAUACAGUUUCAUCUUUAAAAACAUCAACUGCCAUAACAGAAAGUGAAACUUAUUUUUUCGUAACAACAACGGCAACAUUCGUUACUUACUAUAUUCAUAGAACAAUUCCUGAGAUAUUAGAAACAACUACUCCAUUACCUUUUAUAGUGCCAAUCGAAAUUACCACAUUAACAGAAGAAAUCCUGGAACCGACAAGUACAACACCUUUAUCAAUUUUAUCAAUCCCCGAAGAAAGUACAUCUCCAGUUUCCGAAACUACAUUUAUUUCUUCGACGGAAACUACAUAUAUUUAUACAGUUUCAUCUUUAGAAACAUCAACUGCUAUAACAGAAAGUGAAACUUAUUUUUUCGUAACAACAUCGGAAACGCUUGAUACUUACUAUACUGAUGAAUUGCUAGAUCUCGAGAUUACAAUUAUUCCUUCGACAGAAAUUACAUUUACUACGUUGGAGGAGGAAAUCUCUACGUUGAUAACAACACCUGUAAUUGAUGUAACUCAACAUGAAAAGACUUCGUUUAUACCUUUCUCUGAAGCCUAUACGUCAAUACCCAUAUCAUUUUUACGAACUGAUACGACAAUUCAUGAAAAACUGAAAGCGGAAACAGAUAGUUCAGAAUAUGAAGAAUUCUAUGAUGAAGAAUAUGGUAAAGAUUAUAAAGAAUCAUAUGAGGAAGAUGAAUAUGAAGAUGAGGAGAAAGCUAGCUCAAUCUGGUAUGAAUACGAAGAAGAAAAAGAAACGACGAUGUUCGAUCGAAAAACUACGAAAUUUAAAACUACCAAGAUUAUCGAGAAGGAAACAAGCAAAAUCACUGAGAAUAAAACUGUCCCGAUAGUUUCAUUGACUACGAAACCUAUCUUAACGGAAAUGGAAACAAUAUCGACAAGAGAAGAAUAUGAAACAUCAACGACAAUUUCUGAAACAAUCAAAGAUUUCGAAAGAACAUUGACGACAAAAUCAUUAACACCUUCGGUUCCUACCAUCGAAGAGUUUACUCUAACUUCAGAUAAAGUAUUAACUUACACGACAGAACACUUAGAAUGGUGGGCUGAGAAAAGUACUCUUAAAAAACACGAUCAUACAGGUACGCCUGAAAUUGAACCAAAAACCAAAUUAGAUGUAACCCUUCCGAAAUUUAUUGUCUCGCCAGAUGAAACAACAAUAGAUUUGUUUACUGAAAAAGAAACGAUUACACAGACUAAAAUAUUUCCAACAAUGACUGAUAGCAGUAUAUAUUAUGAAACAACUACUGACGAAGAAACUAAAUUAUUUGUUACUGAAGGCGAAGAGACGGAAUUGUAUUUUACAACAUCUUCUGAUUUCGUAUCCUUAUUGACGACAGAUGAUAUUUUAGAUGACAAAAUAAAAGAUAAAGAUAACAUACUUAAGGAACUUAUAACUGAAAUUAAAAUAUUAGAGAAUCAAGAGCAUGAUAGCUUCGUGAAAAAUUAUGGAUUGCAAAGUACGAAGGAGUUUUUAAUUUAUAAGUCUGAUAGCUUUAUAACUGAAAUGACUUAUAUUUUUUAA